AUGUCUGUCUGGCGCUUCUCAUGGCUCGCUGGCCUCAUCGGCUCAGCGAUGGCGGCAACCCCUGCGCAGUGGCGCUCACAGUCAAUCUACUUUAUGCUGACCGAUCGGUUCGCACGAACGGACGGCUCUACAACUGCUAGUUGUGAUACUAGUGCCAGAGAAUAUUGCGGUGGCACUUGGCAGGGUAUUAUCAAUCAGUUGGAUUACAUCCAGGGAAUGGGCUUUACGGCCAUCUGGAUCACCCCUGUGACUGGCCAACUGACCGAGGACACGGGCGAUGGGACAGCAUAUCAUGGUUACUGGCAACAGGACAUUUACUCUCUGAAUUCCAAAUAUGGCACGGCAGAUGAUCUUAAAUCGCUGGCUUCAGCCUUGCACGACCGCGGCAUGUACCUCAUGGUCGAUGUUGUGGCUAAUCACCUGGGCUAUGCAGGCGCGGGUAACACUGUCGACUAUAGUACUUUCGGCACAUUUAACUCGCAAGAUUAUUUUCACUCUUAUUGUGAAGUCACAGACUAUAGCAACCAAAGCAAUGUGGAAGAUUGCUGGCUGGGAGAUACCACUGUCUCUUUGCCUGAUCUUGAUACAGAAUCAACCGAUGUCCAGAAUAUUUGGUAUGACUGGGUCGGCUCUCUCGUCUCUAACUACUCUAUCGAUGGCUUGCGUGUUGAUACUGUUAAACAUGUCCAAAAGGAUUUUUGGCCAGGUUAUAAUAAAGCAGCCGGCGUCUAUUGCGUAGGAGAAGUCUUUGAUGGCGAUGCGGAUUAUACUUGCCCGUAUCAGGAGGUUAUGGACGGCCUGCUUAAUUACCCCAUGUACUAUCCGCUCCUGAGAGCUUUCCAGUCAACCAGUGGUAGCAUCAGUGACCUCUACAACAUGAUUAACACUGUGAAAUCCACUUGCUCCGACUCAACUCUCCUGGGAACCUUUGUGGAAAACCAUGAUAACCCACGCUUUGCCUCGUAUGCUUCACUUUCCCGCUUCAUGAAGAACAGCAUCGACCUAAUCACGCAAUCCAGGUACACCGAUGACAUGUCCCUCGCCAAAAACGUCGCCACAUUCACUAUCAUGGCGGACGGAAUCCCAAUCAUCUAUGCAGGCCAGGAGCAACACUACAGUGGCAGCAGCGACCCGGCAAACCGCGAGGCAGUUUGGCUCUCCGGGUAUAGCACCGACAGCGAUCUUUAUAAAUUGAUCGCCAAAGCAAACUCGAUCCGCUCUCAUGCUAUUAGUCAGAGCUCUGAUUAUAUCACGUACAACAACUAUCCAAUUUACCAAGAUGACACCACCCUGGCCAUGCGCAAGGGCUACGACGGUAUACAAACAAUUACUGUCCUUUCAAACCUCGGCGCGAGUGGGAGCGAGUACACACUGUCCCUUGGUAACACCGGCUACGGAGCGGGUAUGACUUUGACGGAGAUUAUCACUUGUGCUAGUAUCACUGUGGAUUCGAAUGGGAAUGUCCCCGUGCCAAUGGCGAGCGGUGAGCCAAGGAUUGUAUACCCAAGCUCGGAGAUGACGGGGUCGAGUAUUUGCUCGUAG